GUAAUAUGCAUUGCACGGGAAAACCAGCACCCAUCUAUCUGAGGUAUACUCGGGGGCGGAGCUAGUGAGGGACACGUGGCGACAUUUGUCCCCCCAACUUUAAAAAAAAUAUUAAUAAAAAAAAAAAAAAAAGGAAAAAGCGCUGGAAAAGAAGACUUAAACCCUAAUGCUUUCCUCCACACUUCGAAAAACUCAAAAACGGAAACGCCACUCUCGAGUCUUCCCUCCACUUCGCCGACCGCCGGUCACCACUCACCAGCCUUACUGCGACACUUCCUCAAUACUCAGACGACACUCGACACUUCGAGUCUUCGACAGUCACAAAAAUUGAAAAACCGAAGUCCUGUCGCUCGGUCGCUGCCUGCCAAACCCCUCAUCGUCGUCGGUCGUCCGUCAGUCGCCAGUCGCCGCCUCGGUCAUCUUCUGGUGUUCGCUGCAUCUAAAGGGUGCCGAGUUGAUGCCCCUUUAAAUUUGAGGUAUUUCUCAGUGAAAGGGAGUGAUGCCGGGUCGAAUAUGUUGCCGGUUUCGAACCCGAGAGUAUUAGGAGUUUUUAGGUGGAGAUGGUAAUAAGUGUUAUUGGACUAAUUAUGUUCUUGAGGUGAUCAUCGGUGAAGGAGCAACAUUUAGCCAUUGUUAUGUACAAACACAAUCUUUGGGAGCUGCCCAUAUUAAAUGGACUUCCAUUAGCAAUGGCAGAAAAACCCCAAAACCUAAUUCUUGAAGAUGGUUUCCCAGCAGUAAAGCUUUUUAAUCAAGGGUAUUCAUACACCUAUGAUGAUGUUAUCUUUCUACCCCAUUAUAUUGAUUUUGCAACUGAUUCAGUUCAGCUUAAUACCAAGCUUACCAAAAACAUUUCUUUAUCAAUUCCUUGUGUUUCAUCUCCAAUGGAUACUGUUACUGAGUCUUACAUGGCAGUAGCUAUGGCUUAUCUUGGUGGGAUUGGUAUUUUACAUUCUAACAACACACCCUCUGAGCAGUUUGCUCUACUUGAAUCUGCCAAGUCCCGGCGUAUCCCUUUUGUUUCGGAUUUUGAGGUUAAAUCCCCAGCUGAUGUAAUUGAAUUGAGUGAUUUUGGGUAUGGAACUGUGAUUUUGGUUACUGACACGGGGAGCAGGAAAUCGAGGGUUUUGGGGUAUGUUUUGAAGUCUGUUUGGGUGAAUCUGAAGAAUAAGGAUGGUAGGGUUUGUGAUUAUAUGUCGAAAUUGGAUUAUUCGGUGCCAAGUAGCUAUCAUUUGGAUCAAAUUGCUGGGUUUUUGGGAGAUAAAGGGGUUAAGUUGGUGCCAACUGUGAGAGAGAGUGAUGGGGAAGUUGUUGAUGUGAUGACAUUGGAGGAUAUAGAAAAGUUUCAGGAGUAUCCGAAGAGAGGUUUGCCGUCGUUAACACCUAAUGGGGAUUUCUUGGUGGGAGCUGCAAUAGGGACUAGAGAUUCAGAUAAACAGAGGUUGGAGUACUUGGUCAAGGGUGGGGUUGAUGCAGUGGUGUUGGAUAGUUCUCAAGGGAAUUCUAUUUAUCAGCUGGAUAUGAUUAAGUAUAUAAAGAAGACAUACCCAGGAUUGGAUGUUAUUGGAGGGAAUGUGGUGACUGCAUACCAAGCUCAAAACUUGAUUCAAGCCGGAGUUGAUGGGCUGAGAGUUGGCAUGGGAUCGGGGUCGAUUUGUACAACUCAGGAGGUUUGUGCUGUGGGCAGAGGACAGGCUACUGCUGUAUACAAAGUUUCUUCUAUUGCUUCAAAAAGUGGUGUCCCUGUCAUUGCUGAUGGAGGCAUAUCGAACUCCGGACACAUUGUUAAGGCCCUGGUUCUUGGGGCUUCUACUGUGAUGAUGGGCAGCUAUCUAGCUGGUAGCACUGAGGCUCCUGGUGCUUAUGUAGUGCAGGAUGGUCGCCGUCUUAAGAAAUAUCGAGGCAUGGGUUCUUUGGAAGCAAUGACAAAAGGAAGUGAUCAACGGUAUCUCGGGGACAAGUCUAAGCUUAAAAUUGCACAAGGUGUUGUUGGAGCUGUUGCAGACAAGGGUUCUAUUCUAAAGUUUGUGCCAUAUGCAAUGCAUGCAGUUAAACAAGGUUUCCAGGAUCUUGGUGCCUCGUCACUUCAGUCUGCCCAUGAACUAUUGAGAUCAGAAGUAUUAAGACUGGAGGCUCGAACUGGUGCAGCACAAGCUGAAGGUGGAGUCCAUGGCCUGGUGUCUUAUGAGAAGAAGGCAUUUUAAAAUGCAUGCUGACAGAUGCUUAUGAGAUGCAGUAUACAAAUAUACACAACUAGGCUCUAACGUCUUGAUCAAAUUGUAUGCUUUAUCUUGCUCUUUGUCGCAACUUCUCUUAAUCGAAUGGGGUAAACUAAAUGCUGAUAGGUCUAUGCUAAACAAUCCUCAGUGGUUUUUGAAAGUCUAUUGUUGAAUUUAAUCACAAUAAAAUUCAGAAUUUAUGUUACUUGAAUCUCCUCAGUUCUUUUCUGUCUCUCAAAUGUAAAAAGCUUGUACUUCGUAUAUUAGAUGAGAUCCUGAGUGUCCUGAUCA